AUGAUUUGGGAUGUGUUGAUGCAAAAUGGUAAAGUUAUUGCAUCUAUGUCUAGACAACUUAAAGAGUACGAAAAGAAUUAUCCUGCAUAUGACUUGGAACUCGUUGCAGUUGUCUAUCAUCCCAAUAAGGCUAAUGUUGUAGUUGAUGCAUUGAGUAGAAAGUCGACAUCCAAUGUUGCGAAUGGUAUCUUGCAAUUUAGAGGGCGAUUAUAUGUCCCUGAUGUAGAAUAUACUGGAGGGGACAUUUUUUUUGAAGCUCACACAAUACCAUAUUCUAUUCAUCUAGGAGCUACUAAAAUGUAUAGAGAUUUGAAGUUGCAUUUUUGGUGGCCGAAUAUGAAAGAUGAGAUAGCCAAAUAUGUGGGACAAUGUUUAACCCGUCAACAGAUAAAAGCAGAACAUCAAAGGCUAAUAGGAACCUUACAACCAUUACCUAUCCCAGAGUGGAAAUAUGAAAGAUUCACAAGAGACUUUGCAUGGAGUAAAUUUUUGCCAUUGAUGGAAUUUGCAUACAACAAUAGUUAUCAGGCUACAAUUGGAAUGGCUCCUUAUAAAGAACUAUAUGGUAGAAUAUGUGAAUCUCCAGUUUAUCGGGAUGAUAUUGGAGAAAGAAAACUACUAGGACCAGAUAUGAUUCAUAAAAUGGCUGAAGUUGUGAUGCAAAUACGUCAAGGAAUGCAAACAGCUCAAGACCAACAGAAAAGCUAUGCAGAUUAA